GUUAUUUACAAAUUAUUUUCCUCAAUAUCUGAAUUCUAGUCCUGCAGAUCAUUAAGGACUCUCAGCAACAACAUGGCCUACGACAUGAAGACUACCAAAGAUACAGGGGUUACUGUUCACGCAGACUCCGCCGCCUCAGAAAGGCACUUGGCUUUAAAAUGGGGAACAAACACAAGUUCACAGGCAAAAAGGUCACCACAGAAAUUCUGUCAGAUAACAGGUAUUUACUGCUGGUUCUAAUGGAUGCUGAGCGAGCCUGGAGUUACGCCAUGCAGUUAAAACAGGAGGCAAAUACUGAACCGCGUAAACGAUUCCAUCUGUUCUCUCGGCUCCGGAAAGCCGUCAAACAUGCAGAGGAGCUGGAACGUCUGUGUGAGAGUGACCGUGUUGAUGCAAAAACAAAAUUGGAAGCACAGGCAUACACUGCCUAUCUUAAGGGCAUGCUGAGUUUUGAGCUACAGGAUUGGAAAAGUGCUAUGCAGGCUCUGCACAAAUGCAAGACAAUCUAUGAGAAGUUAGCUAGUGCAUUUACAGAUGAACAGGCGGUAUUAUACCAUCAGCGUGUGGAGGAGAUCUCACCUAAUAUACGUUACUGCGAUUAUAAUAUAGGUGACCAGUCUGCAAUGAAAGAACUGAUUCAGAUGCGAAUGAAAUCAGGAGAGGCUGGAGGGUUGCUGGAUUCACUGCUAACACAGACCAGAGCAAAGCAUGCUGCCACUAUGAGUGAAGUGAAGUGGAGGGGCCGAGUCAUCCCAGUGAAAAUCGACAAAGUGCGGAUCUUCCUCCUUGGACUGGCAGACAACGAGGCUGCAAUUGCACAGACCACAACUGACGAGGCCAAGGAGCGACUCUAUGAGAGUCUGUUGAGUGAGUGCCGUGAUGCCAUCCAGGCAGUUCGUGAGGAGCUCAGAGUCGAUCCGGCACAGAAGCAGCGAGAGCGUUCUCUGGAGCCUGAUUCAGGAAAGGUGUCCAGUCUACAAUAUCUUCACAGUUAUCUUACAUACAUUAAGCUUUCCACUGCGAUCAAACGCAAUGUUGCCAUGGCUGAGGCUUUGCAGAAGCAACUAAGUGAGCCAGUAAAAGAUGAGGGAAAGCGAGUGCUGCGGCCGCAAGACCUGAUCCGACUGUAUGACAUUAUCCUGCAGAAUCUGUCAGAGCUGCCCCAGCUGUCAGGCUUGGAAGAUGAUAAAAGCUUCCAGGCAGAGGUGGAGCUGAAGACUUUGGUUUACAAGGCCUACAGGUGCUUCUUCAUUGCCCAAUCCUAUGUCCUUGUGAAGAAGUGGAGUGAAGCCUUGGUCCUGUAUGAGCGGGUCCUUAAAUACACAUCUGAGGCACAGGCACAGACCACAAAAUUUACAAAUCAUAUACAGGAUCUCCCUGAUGUGAAGGACCUAGCAGCACGAGUCAAUGCUGAGAAAUACUCAGUACAGGCAGCUGCUAUUCUAGACACAGAGGAUGUCUCAGAGAUGGUGUCACAGCUUCAAGUCAAAGACAGCAAGCCUCUCAGAGAGUGUUUGGAUGUUUUUCGCAUCGAUCCCUCAUUGGUCACUAAAAAUGCCAAUCUGGUGCGGUUUCCACCGGAAUUCCAGCCAAUUCCAUGCAAGCCUCUGUUUUUUGACCUGGCUCUCAACCAUGCAACAUUCCCGGCCUUGGAGGACAAAGUGGAACAGAAAGGGCGAGGAGGCCUCACUGGCUACAUUAAAGGUUUCUUUGGCUUCCGCGGCUGAAGUUUGGAAAGGCUGGAAGGGAUUAAAACAAUUUUGUAUCGUGUAAUGGUUCGAGUCCUGCUCUGAAUGUUCAGUAUUUCUGAAUGGAGUUUAAUACUUCAAAUGUAACCAGAAACCGAGGGAUGCACAGCAAACUGAACUGAACUGAACAAUAGCGCAGCCUCACAAGAUCCUUAUUUCUUCUUGGGUUUUGCAAACUGUUCAACCCUGUUCUUCCAACUGCAGCAUGAGGUGUCCAGUCCUUCCCAUAGAUGUACUAGUGAAAGUCUGAAUCUCUUCUCGGCAAUUGAAGAAAGCAAAUGACUAACAUAGUGUCCUCAAAUGAUAAAACGAAGACUCCUCUUCUGAUGUGCUUUUCCUUACAGGCAAUCUGAAGUUAGAUACUGUACCACUUCAACAUUACCCCCCCUCAAUAAAGGGAGUCCUAGGAAACAGCAGGGUCUCUGAUACUUUCCUUCUUUUUCUCCUCGCAAACAGAAUUUGGAGUAUACUGUAAAUUGGUGUAACCUCCCCUUUUUUUUUAAAAAAAGUGUAGCUCUGAAGAUGGUUAAGUUGCAAAGUACCCAGAUGAAGUUCAGUUGGGGGGGGGGGGGCUGUGUAAUAAUAGUAUUGCAUGUUCUGUCCUUAGAAGGAGGAGCUCCUUAUCAUGGUAUGUAUACAUAGCACCACAUGGACUUUUUACUGCGUGCUUCAUUAUGUUGCAUUUUUAAUCAUUAGGUUUGAGAAUCUCUUGUUAUUGAUGUUGAGGAUCUGGAUCUUUCACAAGUGCCAUGCUGGUUCAGUUUUUCAUUUCACACUCUAAUUUAUCUAGUCUGCCGCCAUCUCCCUUGUUUUGAGCUGGGUAAAGUAGUGUCACUACUUUGUCCACCUGCUAUGUUUGAAGACUGGAGUUAGAUGGACACUGCCCUGCCUCCAACCCAAACUCUCUUCCAGUUUGUGCAAAAGCCAGCCCAUCUGACAUGUUCUCAAACAGGGCAUGUGAUAAAAGGAGGUUGCUGGGGAUUCCCAAAACAAUAUUAUGUACAUCUGCUACAUCCAGCUGACAUGACACACAGCCACAAAGAACCUGCCAACCCCACAAGUGCCUGUCUCACUCCCUCUUACUACUGCUGCAUAUAGACAGACAUUUGCGGAAGUGAAGAGAAUAGGACUGCUGCAAUGCCAGCCCGCCAAUGCUUUAAACAGUUUGAGAUUGCUGCUGCCUGUUCGUGGACAGCACAGGAACCAGCCUGAUGCUGCAAUCAGUUCAGUCUGCUGUCAGCUCCUCAUCAAAUUAAUUAAUGUCACUGACUGGAAAGGUGAAGAUCUUGGCGAAUAACUCAAACUAAUGAGUUUGUUCAGUCUCUGUGUUAAAAUGAGUGCAACCUGGAAUCAUUCCACAGGUAAAGAUUUUUUAAAAAGUUUAAAAUGUUGAGAAGAAUCCCAUAUUGUUUCUGAAUGAACUGGAAUUAAAAUCUUCCAAGAUUUGAAAUUGAUGAACAUGGAGCCUUUUCUGUUGUACUGUGCCUGGUCUUUAAUGAGCAGUUCUUAUAAAUGGAUAAAAGUAGAAAAUAGGAAUUUUAUUUUUUGUCUCAAAGAUCCUGAAAUAAAGAUUAAACUACAGUGAA